AUGCCCAAGACACAGCCCAAUCUAUACGCUUUCCCGGGCGUCGACGCCCUCGCGCAAGCCCUGCGAGCCUACGUGAUCCAGAGCCAAAACGCCGGCAUUGAGCGCCACGGCGCCUUCAAGGUCGCCGUCUCCGGCGGCUCGCUGCCCAAAACCCUCGCCGCGGCUCUCCUGGCCCCGUCAUCCGGUCCCGCAGACGUCGUCGACUUCACCAAGUGGGAAAUCUUCUUCGCCGACGAGCGCGCCGUGCCCCUGGACCACGAGGACUCAAACUACGCCCUGCUCAAGGCCGAGCUGCUCGACAAGCUGCCCGCCGACCAGCAGCCCGCCGCCGUGCACGCAAUCAACACCGAGCAUCUCAACGACAUCCAGGAGCUCGCCGACCAGUACGAGCAGACGCUCGUCGGCAGCUUCGCCUCGCGCGACUCGGUGCGCCUGCCCAUCUUCGACCUCCUGCUGCUCGGCUGCGGGCCCGACGGCCACACUUGCUCGCUGUUCCCCAACCACGAGCUGCUGCGCGAGGUCGACGCCUGGGUCGCCCCCAUCGAGGACUCGCCCAAGCCGCCCCCCAAGCGAAUCACCUUGACUCUGCCCGUUGUCACACACGCCGUCCGUGUUGCUUUUGUCGCCACCGGUGCCGGCAAGGCCUCAAUCAUGAAGGAGAUCUUUGACACGAGCUCUGGACUGCCGUGCACCCUCGUCAACGAAGCUACGGGAGACCGAUGCAGCUGGUUCGUCGAUGAGCCUGCCAUCGAAGGAGUUGGCUUCCCCCGGAGGGCAUUUUUGUAA